UCUUAGUUUCUGGCUGACACUUCAGUUGUGUUCUUGCAUUUUCUUAAUCUUUCCUUCUACUUUGGAAUAAUGCUUUUUCUCUUUCACAGAAACGCCAAAACCGGUUUCUAUAGAUUCCACAAGAACAGUAGAUCUGAGAGCUGAAUGCUAAGUCCGGUGACUGCUUCACUAGCUUUUGCAACGUCGAAUCCACCGCCAAACAAGCAACCAACUCUCCUUCCACGCUAGCAAGUUUUAAAACAAAAAGACAAAAGAGGAGGUUUACAAAGAUUCCUCAACAACUAAUUUCAACGUCGUCAACUCCACUUCCAAAACAAGCAGCCAACUCUCUCCCCCAAUAAUUGUCAAGGCUCCGACCCCGGGGACUCAACGAAAAUGGCGUCACAACUUCCAUUUCUACACAUAACUCCAGCGCGGCCUCAUUCGCCGGAGCUCCAACCCUUAAAUUCUCGACUUUUUCGCCAAAAUCUCCAUCCCAUCUCACUCGUAAUCAAUUCAUUUCCUCAAGACUCCUCUUUAUCGUCAUCGUCGUCAUCAUCAAGCUCGCUACCUCUUCACAGAAGUCAAACUUUUCUCUCUCCUCAUUGGUUGCAUCAAAACCCUAAUGCUAACCGACCCGUAACUGUCAAAUCUCAAUUAAACUUCCCUCUUGUUUCUCCCAACGACCAAUGGGGCACCUGGACUGCUCUCUUCGCCACCGGUGCCUUCGGUAUCUGGUCAGAGAAGACAAAGAUUGGGAGUGCAUUGAGUGGUGCGCUAGUCAGUACUUUGAUUGGACUUGCUGCUAGUAAUUUGGGGAUAAUUUCUUCUGAAGCUAAAGCCUACUCAAUAGUAUUGGAGUUUUUGCUGCCAUUGGCUGUUCCCUUGUUGUUGUUUAGAGCAGAUUUGCGACGCGUAAUUAAGUCAACGGGGAAACUUCUCCUGGCUUUCUUGCUGGGAUCAGUGGCGACAACGGUUGGAACAGCAUUGGCAUAUCUGAUAGUGCCGAUGAGAGCACUUGGUCAAGAUAGUUGGAAGAUUGCCGCUGCCCUAAUGGGUAGGCAUAUCGGCGGAGCUGUCAAUUAUGUUGCCAUUUCAAACGCCCUUGGAGUUUCUCCAUCUGUUUUAGCCGCUGGACUAGCUGCCGACAAUGUUAUCUGUGCUGUAUAUUUUACAACACUAUUUGCAUUGGCAUCAAAAGUACCCCCUGAGACCUCUACGUCACCCGAAGCAGAUGUUGCAACGGGUGAGGGGUCUGAAUCUGGCAGCAAACUUCCUGUCCUUCAGAUAGCUGCUGCUCUUGCAGUAUCCUUCAGCAUCUGCAAACUUGGCGCUUAUCUCGCAAAAUAUUUUGGCGUUCCAGGAGGUAGUCUGCCAGCAGUUACAGCAAUUGUUGUUAUUCUGGCAACUGUGUUUCCUACACAGUUUGGCCGCCUUGCACCAGCUGGGGAGGCUAUGGCUCUAAUUCUGAUGCAGGUAUUUUUCACCGUGGUGGGUGCAAGUGGAAACAUAUGGAAUGUCAUCAAUACAGCACCCAGUGUAUUCAUGUUUGCUCUGGUUCAGAUUGCCACCCAUCUGGCAUUAAUUCUAGGACUAGGGAAGCUAUUUCGCUUUGACCUAAAGCUGUUGCUUAUAGCAUCAAAUGCCAACGUUGGGGGCCCUACAACAGCAUGUGGAAUGGCCACGGCCAAAGGGUGGAGUUCUAUGGUUGUUCCUGGUAUUCUUGCUGGCAUUUUCGGCAUAGCCAUUGCUACUUUUCUAGGCAUUGUCUUUGGAGUAACAGUCCUGAAAUACAUGUAAAGCCUUCAAUCCCCUAGUGCCAGAAUUGGCUCUGUUCUGUAACCAAUGUAAACCUGCAAAUUUUUCAGUCGCCAAUUGUUCUAACUCCCUAGAAGGAUACUUUAUAAAUCAGUUAAAUUAAUGAGAAUCAAAGAAAGAUUGAAAUAGUUGGCUGGCAGUCCGUAGUC